AUUAAAUACUAGCGGAUGUAAACAAUUCAGUCAGUUAGUGUUAAAAAGUGCCUCGGAUAGGAUCCGUGUCCCUGGUGUGUUUGUGACGAGCGAAUACUCUCCAAGCAGAUUCGGGUACCGCCAUGAAGCCCCGAUGGAAUCUAGUGGUCACCCUCGGUGUCGUGCUGUACAUUGCCGCUUUGGCGCACGCUAAAGCGAUCAUCGACCAGACGGCCGAGGAAUCACAGAGCAGUGACGUUCCGGAUCAGCAGGCCGUAAGCAGUGCUCAGAAACGGUACGGAUAUGCGUACCCGGUUCCGGUAGCGGCUCCCGUUGCUUUCGAAGAGCAACCCCAACCCCAGGCAGAGCCAUUGAUCGAUGAAAGUUUUGCCCACCAACAUCACGAUGAACAUCACGAGGAGCACCAUCCGGAUCCCGGCUACUGGAAAAAGAAAUUGAUCUGGAAACCGGGAUGGAAGAAGAUCUGGAAACCGUCCAAGAAGCAAAUCUGGAAACCGGACUGGAAGAAGAUCUGGAAACCGAUCUGGGUGCCUACGCAGAUCCCAGUUUGGAAGGAUAUUCAGAUACCGGCGUGGAAGCAAAUCUGGAAACCGGUAUGGAAAGAGAUUCAGGUCCCCGCUUGGAAGGAGGUCGAAGUGCCGGAUUGGAAGAAAAUCUGGAAACCGAUCUGGGUACCGAUAAAGGUCCCGGCCUGGAAGGAGGUUCAGGUGCCCGCCUGGAAGCAAAUCUGGAAACCGGUAUGGAAGGAAAUCAAGGUCCCGGACUGGAAGGAGAUCCAAGUGCCAGCCUGGAAACAGUACUGGUAUCCGGCUUGGAUCAAAGUUGGCGUUCCGGGCGAGAAAUACCUUGGCAAGGAUCACGACGGUUGGGAGUACACCAGCCACGACCUGUGGAAGAAAAAGUUGGUAUGGAAGUCUGGCUGGAAGAAGAUUUGGAAAACCGAACAGAAGCAAGUCUGGCGAACGGAUAAGAAACUGGAAUGGAAGUCGGCGUGGAAACAAAUUUGGAAACCGGCCAAAAAGCAAGUCUGGGUUGAGGACAAAAAACUAGCAUGGAAGGAAGCUUGGAAACAGGUUUGGCGAACUGAGAAAAAACAGGUUUGGGUACCAGAGAAAAAACUGGAAUGGAAGGCCGCAUGGGUCCAGACGUGGAAGCCAAGCAAGAAGCUGGUUUGGUUGCCGGACAAGAAGCUCGAAUGGAAGGAAGCUUGGAAGCAGAUUUGGGUGCCCGGAUGGAAGGAAACGUGGGUCCCGGCGUGGAAGCAAAUUUGGAAACCGGUGUGGAUCUCCGAGUGGUUCCCAUCGCCGGAUCCCCACGAGCAUCAUCACGAGGUUGAGCACGGUUGGGAUCGGAAGGGCGAAACCACCGACUCGAAGGUGGUUUUCAAACGAAGCGAAACUGCUUCCGCUCAACCAAAAGCCGUAGAAGCGGCCCCCGAGGGCGCAGCUAACAUCACACCAGCUGUUGUCAAAACGGAUACCACAGAAAAUAAGUCCGAUUUCCGGUUUCCCUCUCCCUGAACAAACUCUUAGAGCUAAAUCUUAACAUACUCCUAGCUUUAGUUUCCCUGUUCAAUACUAAGAAGUCACCUAGCUUUAAAACUCUAGAUUAAGCAAAAUAUUUAAAAAGAAACCUUGGAUGCACUCGCAGCUCUGAGACCUUGUGUAAAUACCUAAGUAUGAAUGUCAGAAACAGAGUCUAAGUAUAUAAAGCCGCAAUUGACUGCGUUUAGUUUGCGGACUAUAAUUUUUCAUCAUCAAUACUCAUUUUCAUCGACGCGUCGCCCGUAACAUUCCCGCCAAAACGAAACGUGAUAAGUCAUUUUUGCGUAUCCAGUUCCAUCAUUGCCAUCCAAUCAAUCAUCCAGUAGGUUCGUAGUGAGGUUGUUAUAUUUUAUCGUUCAUAUGAAUUCACUUGAACAACGAAUAAAACUGUAAAACCAUUGAA